AUAUUUUUACAUGUUAGAAAUUCGUGGCUUAUCCCCUUAGUGGAUGUAAAAGAGUGUCGUCAUAUUUUUAUUCUUAUUUUAAUCGACUUAAAUCGACCUUCUCCUGUCCUUGUUGGUAUUUCGAGUUAGUUAUGUACAACUGGCGCCAUUUGUCGAUGUUAAUUUCAGAUGUCAAAUAUUUAUUUAAUGUGAUUUGUUUUAAUGUAAUAUAAAACUGUAUUGAUGCCCUAUGAGAAGCUGCAGCUUCAGAUGCCGCAGCUUCUAGAAUCAACUUCUAAUGUUACAUAAAUGUGAUGUAGAAAAGUAAGUUGAUAUCGAAUGUAAUUAUUAAGAAAGAUGAAGGUAAUUAUUCAGAAAUGUAAGGAAAAGUGGUGUCGUCCCCUUGUGCGGAGCAAACUGCUAAUAUGUCAGAUCGUCUAAACACUCAUACGAUAUACUUUUAUUUAAUUAUUUAUCGAAGUUCAAAUAUAAAACACUGUAGAGAAUAAGCAUAAAGUCCACAAAAUGUCUCUUGGUCGCGUGAUUUAAAAUAAUCGUAACGGGACGGCUUGAAGGUUUAGCUGGUUACUGCUGGUUAAUGCGUUCUGUAACACGUGAUGCUGCUCGCUCCCAUAGCGACCUUGAUUCACACACGUUGGUCAGUUCAAGAGUGAAAAAUGUUUAAUGUGAUUUAUGUAAUUAUAUAUCGCUUAUGUGAUAUAAUGAAAAGCUAUUUCGUGUCUAUUCAUCUAUAAUUAAACUGGUUGAUAUGGGAUUUAUAACGUAGGACAUUUCGUAGAGCGGUUUAUGUAAUUGUAAUGAUAAAAUAGUUCAACAUUCAAUAACUACGAGUUUAAAAGGGAGUGUAUUUCAAACAACAAACAACUUAAGCAUGUUAUUAAUAUAAUACUGUUUAUAAAGAUUGACUUUGCAUUGUAUUUUGUAGUGAGUCGAAUGAUGAGACGUGGCAGAGGAUUAAAUCCUCUCAAAGAUGCCAUACACCAUGUGAAAAUGGGGAAAGACAAAAACAUAAUAUCAGAGCGAUACAUUAAUCCCGCCAAAGGACAUCGAUGCAGGUGAAGAAAUAUUAUACGAUUAUGGAGGACAUAACUUGCCAUGGCGUUCUCGCCAUGGACAGGAACAUUACAAGCACCUUCAUGAGCCCGUUGCUCCAACCAUGACAGCAUGUGACAUCAGGUCUCCUACAGAGCACCUUCAUGAGCCUGUCGGUCCAGCCAUGACUGCAUGUGACAUCAGGUCUCCUACAGAGCACCUUCAUGAGCCUGUCGCUCCAGCCAUGAGGGCAUGUGACAUCACAUCUCCUACAAAGCACCUUCAUGAGCCUGUCGGUCCAGCCAUGACGGCAUGUGACAUCAUGUCUCCUACAGAGCACCUUAAUGAGCCUGUCGCUCCAGCCAUGAGGGCAUGUGACAUCACAUCUCCUACAAAGCACCUUCAUGAGCCUGUCGCUCCAGCCAUGAGGGCAUGUGACAUCACAUCUCCUACAAAGCACCUUCAUGAGCCUGUCGGUCCAGCCAUGACGGCAUGUGACAUCAGGUCUCCUACAGAGGACAUAACCGUUGGAUCCCAGCAGGAAUCCACAAGACCAGGCAGCGGUGAUGAUGAAAGAGGAAGAAAGAGAAAGAGAAAAGAGAAGAACAUUGGAGUGAGAAGGAGAGAGACAGCCAGAGUUUGCAAAGCACAUCAACUUGUCAAAGAGGAGAUGAUUUCGCUUGAAAAAUGUUCUGUUUGCUCUGGACCGGUUUCCCCACUGAAGUGGUGGGGGCUGAAAUGUAAAGGGCUUUUGGAAAGCAGGCCAUGUCCAAACACAUCAGAAGGACUAAAAGCUGACAGACAAAUCUCUGAAAACGAUGUCUCUAGCAGAGGAAGGCGGAUGCCCAAAAGGAGACCAUGGACGAAACCUGAGGUGAACGCUGUGAUGAGACACUUCAAAAUGCACAUCAGCAAAGCUCACUUGGCAACAAUGAGGGAGUGUGAGGUCUGCAAAAGGUGCGAGCAUCCGGUCCUUCAAAACCGGUCCGUCCAAAUAUACGUGAUUUUGUACGGAACCGAGGGCGAAAUUUUAAACACGUGGAAAAUUAAGUCGAAAUUUUAAUGUUCGUAGUCCAAGGGGCUAAUAAUCUGUUUGACACAUUUUAGUUCUACUCUUUUAACUUGUAAUUUUUUUGAUAAAAAUGUAUGUAUUUAUUAGUUUCAAAAUAGAAAUUUUAAGAAAACAUGUUUUAUUCUCCUGCUGGUAGUGUUGAUCAUUUUAGUUUAUAUGUUUAAUCUGAGGGACUAUAGACCUCUGUUGAUGUUUUUUUAACUUUAACAUUUGUGGUGUUUCAUGAAGUUGGGUUAUGUUUUUCAUUCCUGUCCCUGAAAGGCAAUGUUUUGUACCUGUCAAUGUACAAUAUUUGACAAUAUGUUGUUGAAGAUUCAACACUUGCAACAUUAUAAUAAAUUACUACUAAUUUGA